AUUUCAAGUCUUGCACCAUUCGUUACUCUUUCAGGCCGAUUUGGCAAUCAAAUUUCAAGUCUUGCACCACUCGUUACUCCUUCAGGCCGAUUUGGCAAUCAAGUGGACCAGCUUCUUGGUGUAAUGCAGUUCACUCGUUUUCUUAACAGAACGCUUGUGCUGCCUAAUUUCAUUGAAUAUCCUUAUCCAAAUACUGUUAUGACGCCAUUUGAAAAUAUAUUCCAAGUAGCUGAAGUCAAAAAAUACCAGAAAGUAGUUACAAUGGUGGAGUUUACUCGAGAUAUAAUGCCGAAAAUUUGGCCGAGAGAGAAGCGAACAGCAUUUUGCUGGGCUCCACGCAAGUCAAUAUACGAUGACAAGGCCCCUGCUGGUUGUCAUCCAAAAGAAGGGAAUCCAUUUGGUCCAUAUUGGGACAAAAUCGGGGUAUCCUUUGUAAAUGAUGCAUAUUUUGGUGAUAUACCGGGAGGAUUCGAUUUAACUGCUAAGGGAUCGAAAUCGGAAUGGCUUGAUAAAUUUUCUGCUGUUGAUUUCCCCGUGCUAGCUUUUCCAUCUCCACCAGCACCAUUUCCAUCUAAGUCCAACACUUGGGAGCUGCAGAGGUAUGUUCAAGAUUCCGAGUUGGUUGAAACGGUUGGAAAGACUGGUGCACGAUCAGUGUUCGUUUCGAGCGAUAAAGAUCAUAUGAUUGAGACGAUAAACGAGGCUCUACAAGCUUAUGAUGUGAGUUUAUCGCGUUCCUAUUUUCUAAUACAAAGAGAAAAGAAUUUUAGUCAUAAAGUGCAAGCCUAUCGACUGAAUCCGGAUGAUCCUUUCGUCUCAUUGGCCAUUCUUGGUAAAGCUGACCACUUCAUUGGGAACUGCGUAUCUACUUUCUCUCACAUCGUAAAGCGUGAGAGGGAUAACAGAAAGCAGCCUAUGCCAACUACUUAUUUUGGUAUAAGAGACAGGAGUAGACGACUGGAAUUGUGA